CCUAGCUUUUGUGUAUUAACAUUGCGAAAGCUCUACCUUGGUUGCUUAACAAAUCAAAACAUAGCUUGCAUUUUUUUGCAAGGAACAGAAAAAUGGUCACAGUAUUUAGAAACUCUUUGUCACGCCAAGCGAAUAGAGUUGCUGCUGUGGUGAUGCUGCUGCUUUUGAGCAGCGCAUGCCAAGCAAAACUUUCUUCUACUUUUUAUGAAAAGACAUGCCCAAAUGCACUUAGUACCAUUCGAAAAGUCAUCGGAAAGGCUAUUGCACGAGAGCGUAGAAUGGCUGCAUCUCUUGUUCGCCUUCAUUUCCAUGAUUGCUUUGUUCAGGGAUGUGAUGCCUCAAUCUUACUUGAUAAUUCCCCUUCAGUCACAAGCGAAAAGUUUGUACCUCAGAACAACAACUCUGUAAGAGGUUUUGAAGUCAUUGAUCAGGCAAAAUCUGCGGUGGAGAAAGUAUGUCCUGGAGUUGUGUCUUGUGCUGACAUCCUUGCAGUUGCAGCCAGGGAUGCCUCUGAAUACGUAGAUGGCCCAUCUUGGACAGUGAAGCUUGGACGAAGAGAUUCUACCACUGCAAGCCCAAGUCUGGCUAGCAGAGACCUUCCCAGUUUUACAGAUAGCCUUGAAAGCCUUAUCUCUCUCUUUAGAACCAAGGGUCUUACUGCAAGGGACAUGGUUGCUUUGUCAGGGUCUCAUACUAUAGGACGAGCUCGAUGCUUAACAUUUCGUGAAAGGAUAUACAGCAGCGGAAGUAACAUCGACGCUAGAUUUGCUAGCAAACGCAGGUGCCGUUGUCCCGCCACUCCUGGCGAUGGUGAUAGUAAUUUGGCAUCACUCGAUCUGGUUACGCCCAAUUCCUUUGACAACAACUACUUCAAGAACCUGUUGCAAAAGAAAGGUCUUCUACAGUCGGAUCAAGUCCUCUUUAGUGGUGGAUCCACAGAUGACAUAGUCUCUGAGUAUAGCAGGAACCCCUGUACUUUCAAGUCUGACUUUGCAACUGCCAUGAUCAAAAUGGGAAAUAUCCAACCUCUAACUGGUUCAGCUGGGAUAAUAAGGAAGAUUUGCCGUCGUGUCAAUAAUUAGUUAAUAUACUUCUCCAGAUGUGGGAAGCUUAAAAUUUCGACAUCCUUAAAAGUUGUCCUGUCUCUUCCUCAAUUAUUAGAUGUUAGUUUUCCUCCUUUUUUUUUUAUUUGUACCUUUUCCAACUCGUAGUGUCAUAAUAAAUA